AUGUCAGAAGUCAAAAUGUGGGCAUUUUGGAGGGCAGUUCUGGCAGAGUUUGUGGGGAUGGUGAUCUUUAUUUUCAUCGGCCUCACUGCUGCAGUAGGCGACCAGAGCAGUUCUCAGCCCGACCAGGAGGUAAAAGUGGCGUUUGCCUUUGGUUUGGCCAUCGCCACGUUGGCCUACUGCAUCGGUCACGUCAGCGGCGCUCACCUGAAUCCCGCCGUCACCUUCGGCCUCCUGACCAGCUGCCAGAUGAGCGCCCUCAGGGCCUUCUUCUACGUGAUGGCCCAGCUGCUGGGGGCGGUGGCCGGCAGCGCCAUCGUGUACGGCGUCAGGCCAGAAGCCACAGAGUCACUGGGUGUGAACAAGCUGAAAGGAAUCAGCCCACGUCAAGGUUUUGGCACCGAGUUCAUGCUCACACUUCAGCUGGUCCUGUGUGUGCUGGCAGUCACUGACAAACGGCGUGAGUUCAGCGGACUUGCACCUCUGGCCAUCGGGCUCUCCGUAGUGCUGGGACACCUUGCUGGGAUCAGCUUCACAGGAUGCGGCAUCAACCCAGCUCGAUCCUUUGGGCCUGCAAUUAUCCUGGAGUCUUUUGAUGAUCACUGGGUGUUCUGGGCCGGACCGAUGAGUGGCAGUUUGGUGGCAGCGCUCCUGUAUAAUUAUCUACUAGCACCCAGAGACGAGCUCUUCGGUGGAAAAACAAGAGUGUCGUUCUGCUGUGGCUCAGUACCGGAAAAUGAAUCUGUUGAACCCCUUCUGGGUGGUGUUAGCGAUGCAGCCUGAUCAAAGGAGACAGUUUGAGUGGAAAGCAUUGCUCUGUGGCCUCGUCUCAAAUAAAAUACUGUUUCAACAUAAGAA